AUGCAGAUUCCUGACGGCGUUGACCUUCUCAUUUCGCAUGAGCCACCACGUGGGAUCUUGGAUUAUGCAUCUGCCUCCACAACCAAAGUCACCAACAUCGGCUCCCACAGGCUGAAGAAGGCCUUGGGCAGGUUAUCCCACCGAUCCGGAAGUGUUGGAAGGAGAACUGUUCCUCGGGUCCAUCUAUUUGGCCACGUGCAUGAAGGACAUGGCCACAAACACAGGCAUGGGACCUUGUUUGUAAAUGCUGCCAAUGCGAAUGGCGGUCGAGCUACUGGCCUACAGCAUGCUUGCACUGUUCUUGACUUGGCAACGGAUGGAAGUGGAGAUGUGAGAGUGGUGAGCAGCUGA